GCCAACGAAAUAUUUGAUAUUGAGAUAAAGAUUACCAGUAGAUUUAUGGUACGUUCAUUCAAUGUAGCGGUUUGGAAUAGCUUCCAGCUCAUCUAAUGUACAUUGAGCUAUAAAUAUAUCAACUAACAAUAACAUUGAAAUUACAAGUGUGCAGGAAAAGUGUCUCAUCACAGACAAGCACAGAAUGGAAGCUAAUGAGAUACGGACUCUAAAUCGCUGUGCAAAGGACAUCAAGAUCUCUCUGUUAGUGUCAUCAAGUGUUCUACAGCGACUUGAAUCUCGAGGGAUGUUGACUCGGCACGACAGAGAUUAUCUCACACGCUUGCAAGACAGUUGCGACAGAAAUCCCAAAUUGGUUGAAAUAUUGAAGAAGAAAAAAGGUGGGUAUCAAGCUUUUACAGACACCUUACUGCUGGAGAAAACAGUAAAUGAACAUUAUGUGAAAAAGAUGAACAAUGUCCUGAAGGAAUUGAACUCAAAACAGAAAGCUGACCCACACUGCCAGGUGGACCUCCGAGCAAAAAUAAAACAUUUAGACCACAGAAUCGAAGCACUGCAACAAUCCUGUGAAAAGCUUUCAUAUUUAGUGCUUGGUGAAGAUUCUUCGUUUAACCAGGAAACUCUUAACAUGGAAUUAAUGGUGAAAGAACUUGAAUGUACAAGAAAUUAUGUGAACAGCAAAAAACUUCCACUUCACAAAUCAUGCACUAUUUUCAAAAUGGGAUUUGAGAAAGAAAAGACCAACCUAACAGAAAACUUUCAAAAAAUGGAAAAUGAUUUUCAAAAGACUGUUGAUGACUUGAAUGACAAGAUUGCUUUCUUAACUGAGGAGAUUAAAAUGAUUAACAAGAACGAGGAUACAAUAAUCCGGGACCUCGUGGAUGAAAAGGUCAAGGAGAGACUAAUGCAUCUCAAUCUUGUUGAACCCAGUUCUGAAGAAACUCCCCACUCCUCUUUCAACCCUGAAGCAAUGGAGACCUUGGGGAGCCCAGAUCACGACCCUCCUGAUGAGAGAAAUUAUCCCCGAGUUGUUCCACUAAGCACCAGACUGGAUUAUUUAAAUUCCACUGAUGGACCACCAUCAGCACUGGGUUUUACAGCACGGUCUAUCCAACUGCAGAUAAACAACGUGGAGAAUUUGCAAUUCAGUGAUCAGGGCAGUAACUAUGUGAUGUUGCGACAAACAUCUUUAGAUUAUUAACCUAUAUUGUGCAAUGUGUAUGACACUUGGAAUGAAAUAUCAUCUGAAGAGACAUAUUGUAUAUAUAAUCAUAUAUUUAUGAUGCUUCAAAACAUCUGCAUAUCAUUUAUAUAUCUCAGAUCAUAUUCAGAAUCAUUAAAUUAAAAAAAAAACCUGUAUAAUACUAGUAAAUCUAAUUGAGACAAACUUCUA